AUGCCUCCACUACCAGAAGGCUUUUAUCUAUCAAGAAUCUAUUCCGCCUUUUCCAAUUCGUGUUUAUUUGAUUAUGAUAAUAGAGUAAAACUAUUUGGUAAACAUUCUGUAUUUAACUACAGUAAUCAACAAUUAGCCAUCGAUUGUUCACUUAAUGCUAGUUUGUCAAUUGUAUUAUCGCCCGAUUAUUUAACAGAACGUAAAUGGAUUCCACCGUUGCUACUAAGACGUUCACCAAACGAAGUACUUGUGAAACAACGACAACAAUUGUUAGACGAUAAAUUAAAUAGAGUGCGUAAUGCAAGUAAAAUUCACAUAACCAUCAGUGAGGAUGAAGUCUUUACAGUUAUUGAUGCUUGGAAUCAAAUUCCACAAUCUGUAACACGUGGUUAUAUUGACCAUAUUCAAGAUGUUUGUUAUCAAGUUCAUUCUAAAAAAUAUCUUUCAUCAAAAUGGUCCAUAUCCAUCAUUGUUUUAGUAACGUGUGGUAAUGAAGAACAAUUGUUUAUCCAAACAAUAUUGAAACCAGAUGUUGAAAAACGAGUAAAACAGGGAAAACAACUACCAUCUGUUCUAGUGUUAGAAUUUGAUGCCGUUAGCCGUUUAAUGUUUCAUCGAAAAAUGCCAAAAACAAUUUCUUUUAUUGAAAAUAAAUUAAAAAAUUCGAUAAAGUAUACAACAAUUGAAUUUGAAAAAUAUCAUUCGUUAGGUAGAAAUUCUAACAAUAACCUUCGUCCACUAUUGUGUGCUAGCGGACCACUUGGCUAUGGACGAUUAAACAUUGAGAACAAAACGGCCCAUUUACCGUGUACAUUAGACAAUUUUAUUUUCAAUGUAUUUAAAUCGAAUGGUUAUUCGACAUCACUAAUAACAAAUAUAUGCUAUGAUUAUAUUGGAGGUUAUUUUGGUGAAGCAGAUGCUUAUAAUGUUGAUUAUGAAUAUGCGGCAUGGUCGUGUCAUCCAGAAUAUGAUGUUUAUGGAAACUGGAAUUCUUACGAUGGUCCAUACGGUGUGAAUCGUCGAUGCAUAAAUGGAAAAUAUGUUCAUAAAUAUCAAAUGGAUAUUAUUAAAGAUUUUGUAUAUAAACAUGUUGUCAAACAAUUACCGUAUUUUUCGUUUAUAUCAUUUAUAGAAGGACACGAAUUUGGCUUGAAUGUUUUAGGUUUAGUCGAUAAUGAUUUUGUUGAAUUAUUAGAACAUUUAACAUCACCAUCAUUCCAUCAACAGCAACCGCCUAUUAUUUUCAUAUUAGCAGAUCACGGUUUACAUUAUGGACCCAUGUGGUCUAGAACAAGAGCUGGUCGUCUUGAAUCACGUUUACCUAUUCUAAUUAUCAUUAUACCGAAUGAGUAUUUGAUGUCAUCAGAUAAAAAGCAAAUGUUAAUUCAAAAUCAAUUUCGACUUGUCACACCACGAGAUAUUUAUUGGACGCUAUUCAAUAUCGCUUCUCCUAAGAAGAAUAAUACGGUCAACGAUUUUCGUCGACAAAGUUUAUUUGAUGAUUUAUCAGUGGAAAGAAAUUGUUCUACAGAGGGCAUACCUAAAUGGUUGUGUGCCUGUAGUGAAGAUGGAAUCAAGAUUAAUCCCGCGCUACUUAGAAAAAAGAAACAGUGA